AUGGAGAACAGUAACUACAACCGAAGGGUCUUUGAGACAGUCCGGGCAGUCAACCAGGCAGUGAAGCUGAAAUCUCGCUCCCAAUCGCCUCAGAACAUUCCAGGCUCCAGCCCAUCGUCCACAGGACAGCCAGGCUCCAGCCACAUCAGCAGUCCCCACACCAGCUUGUAUGAGUCCAAUCCGUCCAGUAACGGGCUGGAAGACAAACUGCAAACCCUGAACCUGGACAACGAGAGCACCCUAGGGGAGGAUGGAGAGCGGAAACCCGGGACGCCAGGUACUCCGGGAUGUCGGGAUUUACAGGCAGCUCUGCAGCGGUUGUCUCUGAGGCAACAGGCUUCAUCGGAGAAAACUCUGUUCGAUCAGGACCGUGAGCAGAAACUGAACACCCUGGUUGAUGAGGAGACUCUGUCCAGUGGCUUGGUCACUCCAGCAGAGAGUGUCCUAUCAACAGGCACCAACUAUUCUGGAAGCUCAGGAAUGACCGGAUUUUCAGGCUUUUCUGUGAGUUCCCGACCCAACUUCCCGGAUAAACUGAAAAUUGUGAAGCCAUUGGAAGGUGAGCCCAUGCCCUGCUUCCUGCAGGCUAUUGUACCCAUCUCUGUCUCUCUAUCCUUUUGCUCUCUAACUCUUUCUUCAGUUACAGAAUACCAAUCCUCAAACCGAUUGCCUGACACUCAAUCCACCUACACCAUCACUACUUGCCGUAUUAUGCAUCCCUUGGAUGAGUUAACCACAGUGACACUGAGUUUACAUCACACCCCUACUCCCUCAUGUGCCAGUGCUGGCAAGUUGAGGUCUAUCUCAUCUGACGGCAACUUGGCCAGACUGAGGCCCAUAUCUUCAUGUGGGAAUUUCGACAGAUUUUGGCCAACUUCGUCACCUGGGAAUUUCAACACAUUGACAGCUACGCCAACCAGUAGAAACUCUAGUACAUUCGGGACCAGUGUGUCGAACAUGGACAUGGAGGCACUGAGAGCAACUUGCUGCAGUCCACAGCGUAAACGUUACGUAUCUGAGUCUGCCACUAACCUGAGAGAGCACACCAUCACAAUGAGCACCUCACUCGGGUUAGUGACAUUGUUAAAGGAACACGGGAUCUCUGCAGCCAUGUAUGACCUGAUCUGUAAUGUUGAAGACGGUGUAGUGGACAACACUGCCACUGUUCAGCAGCACUCCGACGGAACCCUGCCCAGCUUCCCAAGCUCUGAACCACCUCUGCUCUCCCUCUCAAAGCCCCCGUUCGACCUGAGUCAUACCAGCCCACCUCAGAAACCCUUCCUCACCUCGAGUUUGGCCAGGUCAAUGCUCAACAGGAUGGUCAGUUCCGAGGACAGAAGGAGCCCGAGUGACACCAGGAACCAAAGAAACAUCUUCAGCUUGAACCUGGUGGAGAAACUGAAGCGACUUGGUUUAGACAAAGUGGUGGCCAGAGGAAUGGUCAACGCUGAGAGCAAAAGGUUGACACGCCUUACACGAAGGUUCAGCACAUGAGAAACGGCAACAGCAGAGCUUCGUCAGGGUGGUGACGCUGGGAGUCCAUUCUUAAUGAUCAGUGUGGAUGGGUCCCUUUCUCCCCAUGACCUCUCUCCUCUGCCCCAUGACCCCUCACAAACCUCAUUCUUCCCUUUCCCUACCUGCUCUGUGUUUAAAAACUGAACCUGGUCAUUACACUCUGCAAUACUUGCCAUCGUCAGUGCAAGGUCCAUUCCACCUUCUUUCAGUUUUUUGUGCACUACGCACACUGGUUUGGUUGAUUCACAAGUAAGUUAUCUGUUAAAUGUUCAAUAAUAAUCAAUGACCGCAUGUUUGAAAAGAGAGGGCUAAUAUGAAGUGAGUUGGUGUGAGCUGGCUGGUACAGUUGGCUGGUUGGUGUUAUUGAGGGAGGGUAGGGUGAUGGUCUUUCAAUAUUCAGUAUCUGGGUAUCUCCACUCCCAGACUGAUCAAUAGCAUGCUUCCUGAACAAAUCUGCUGUACUUUACUUAUUGCCAUCCUUUGUGAAAUCUCCACAGGAUAUAAAUUCUAUGGAUGUUAUUCCCCAGUAAUAAUGAUGUAAUCACAGAGCUCAGACUGCCUUGAGAAUGCUGGAGAUUGCACUUUAACCUCACUUGAUGUCUUGAGCCAUUGCCUGCAGCUUCUCUGUGUCAGUGUUUGACCGUGAAUGAAGUCCUGAACACUCCCAUCAGUAACUGUCAUAACCAGAGCUUUACUUGAAGUCCAAUCUCUGCGGAACAUCUUCUGACCACUCCUUGGUUUUCUGGCUUGUAGGAAAGUUGAUAGUUCUGUGGAAGGGGAAAAUGUCCAAGCUUUGGAAUAACAUGCACUUGUAAGUUCUGAGUCCGUCAACAGUCUGUAAAACGCUGAGUUGUCCCAGUGGAACUUGCUGUAUGGUUCCCAUGAAAGAUCAGUACAGGCAGAACAUAACUGAACAACUUGGCACUUACACCAGGACGAUGAACAAUGACCUACAACAAAUGUUAUUUUUGACUGUAACUUUCAGGGUAAUUCUGUUAGUUUUAUUAUUUCCUUAAAGAUCAGCAAAUUUUGA